AUCUCCCUCCCGCCUUCCUCCCAAUCAAACAAAGAACCCCUGCAAUCCCAUCAAACACAGAACCCCUGCAAAAACACAGAAGACAGAACAGAGCCUCUCUGGUUUCUGUCACUCUUUCCUCUUCCUUGACACAACUCUACUUCCACAAAAAAAGUACUUCUUUCGUUUUGCCCGUUUUAGAUGGAGAGAAACGGGAUAUUACAAGGUAAAGCAACCCCUUGUUCAUUUGGUGUGGCUGCUUGUUCUUUUUCUCAAAGUUUUCAGCUUGGAGACUUAGGGUUCUUCUGGUGUGGCCUUUUGCUUCUGGUCCGCCUUGUUCUUUGUCUGGGUUUGGUGUUUGGCUUCGUCUGCCGUCGAUCUUGGCAGGGGCGGUCUGGUCCGCCUAGCCUAGCCUGUCCCUUUUGUUUUGAGCGUUUGCUGUUGUUGUGCUGUUCUUGUACUUUCCUGCUACUAUGGAUCAAGUCUUUUAAUUGAAUCAUUCGCCGAAGUGGGUUUCCGAGCUUCCCGCUCUCAAACUAGGUUGGAUCUCUCGAUGGUUUUGGCAGAUAGGAAUUAAGGACUACAUUGGAUCUCUGCAGGGAUCCCACGAUUCGCAGGCCUUUGGUCUGCGUUUGCAAGCGCCUUGGUUCCAAGGCUCUUCCUCUGUUGUCUUCUUUGCUGCUUAGUCUCAGCUCUUUUCUUGUUUUCCUCUUUCUGCCUUUUGACAGCUUCUUUGUUUAGCUGUCUAUCCGUUUGUUCUGAACAUGGAUCAUUUUCACGGCUUCUGAAGUGAUCUUUCUCCUCUUUUUAGUUCAAAGUUCAUCACCAUUAUCAAACCUAGGUUUACUUGUUCAGGUUCCUCCUCUGUUUUACUGGUGAAUGCUCGAGUGUAGUUUUUCUUUUCAUUAUGACAAGUUUUUCUGUUGCUUGGAUUCGGGAGGAGUUUGAUUUGGUUCGUAAUGAUUUAAGAACCAAUCAAAACUCUUUGAAAGCCAAAAUCAGAAAAUGUGUUUCUCUGAUUUUGCUUCAUCCCGGGUUCUGGUUUAUCCUAGCUCUGGGUUUCGACCUUUCCGGAAGUUUGUAUUACUUUCUUAGAAUCAGACCACCUCAUUCCAGCUCUCUAAAAUUCUACCUGCCCCUAUCCCUUAGCAUCUUGGGAGGUUUAGUACCUCUUGGUAUGAUAGGACCGAAAUUUUGGAAGGGGGAUGUGGGUGUGUUGAUCGAUAGGUGGUUUGAUAGGUGGUGGUAUUUGCAAAUCGUAGUUUUUGGAUUGAUUCUUGUGGUAGGAGUAGUGAUUGAUCGGCUGAUUUCUGAAUUUGCCAACUACCAUUCCAUUAUCCAUGUGCAAUGGAUCUACUGUGGUUACACACUCUCUGUUGUCCACAUAGCGCAAUCCAAAUAUCAUUUUGGAGUGUGCUUUACAUGGCUUAGCGUGGCAUUUGUAGCCUCAUGGAAGGUUAUCAAUGCCAAGGCGGAAUUGAACGUUCAUAGCAAGUAUGCUUGGAUAGGAGCUGUGGUCGUUUUUGCAGCGCUAGUGUUGCUGUUAUUGGUGGAUCAUCUGAGGGCAGUUCGAGAUGAGGAGAGGAAAUCACCCACCUUAGCGGCGAUCGAGAGGAGAACCGAGGAUGCAGAGAGACAAUUGACACGCAUCCAAUGCCGAGUGCAAGCAGCAAGAGUACAGCUCCGAAACAUCCAGGUUCUGCACCAAACCACUGGUGAACUAUUACAGUUGAAUGAACAAGUUGAUGUGGCUACCAAAAACUUGGAACGUGUUAAGAGAGAGGUGGAAGCAGCUAUGGUGGAACGAAACUCCAACCAACGGGAGGCCGAGGAAGCUGCAACCCAACGCGACCAACGGCGAAAAGAGAGAGACGCGGCCACCUCCGAGAGAGAUGAAUGCAGAAGGGAGAAGGCAGAAGCUACAGAUCAACGGGAUGCUCUUCAACAGGAAUGCCAAGAAGCUAAGGACCAGCUGUCGGACCGUGUACAUGAGAGGAACCAGGCAUUGGCCGAACGGGACAGACACCGAAAAGAAUGCGAUGAGGCCAGAGUAGGAAGUGCCAAAGCUGCAGGUCAGCUAGCUGAACGAAGCUGGGAAAGAGACGCUGCUAAAAGAGAGCGCGAUGACUGCCGCCGUCAAACUAAAGAGUUUUCUAUCCGACUGUGCCGCCUGCAGAAGUCACUCAAUCGUGCCACGGAACGACGGAAUGCUCAGCAACUGAAGUGGGAGAAAGCUAUACGGGAACGAAACGAUCGAUGCCAAGAAAUGAUUGAAGCGAAAAGGCAGCUGGAUGCUCAUCGCAAAGAAAGAAAUGAGCUUGCACGCCAAUGCAAUGACAUGCUAAAGCAAUGCAAGGAUAGUGUUACUGACCGAGAUGACAGGCAGCAGGAAGCCACUCAAGCUAGAAGAGAAGUUGCGUCAUUGAGGGCCAGAUCUGAAGCUGCUCUUGCAAUAAGGCAGAGAACCUUAAUUGAAAGGGAGACAGCUGCAAGAGAUGCCGGAGCUGUUCUCGCCGAACGAGAGGCAGCCGUUGCUGCUGCUGAAGCAACUCUCAAUGAAAAUUUCCCCGGUGUAAGGGAGAUGUUGGCAAAUGCAGCUGAAGAUGCUGUCCGCGCUAGGGAGGUCGCUGUAAGCCAAAGGGAGGCAGCUGUAGCUGCUGAUGAAGCUGCUGUCCGCGCUAGAGAGGUAGCUGUAGCUGCUGAUGAAGCUGCUGUCCGCGCUAGAGAGGUCGCCGUAGCUGCUCAAGCUCAACCGCGAUAUGAUGAUUAAAGAAUAGUUGAACAAGAUAUGGAACGAUACUUGUAAGUCUUCAACACUCGUCUAUUUUGCGGUUGAUAUAUUUUCUUUCAUGAUGUCAACCCCACAUGUUGAGUUACUUGAUCUCUAUUAGUUAGAUGGCGGAUUCAAAGACUGGUAGAUCUGUGAGGAAGUUUUUAUUGAUGAUUAUUACUAUUAUUAUGUCCUCUGAGAUAUGGUUAGCUUGUGUCCGGUUUUCAAUGUUCUGGAUUAGCCUCUUGAAGCUCAUGUGACAAAGUCUGUGAAAGGGUUUAUGAUCUUUAGAGAGGAGAUGGAUGAACACCUUCUUGAAAUCGUCUGUCUGAUGCGUGUAAGUGAAAUACUGUCGUAGUAAGUAGGACUCAGAAGAUGAAUUUGCUCCUUGUUUUAUGCUCAUGGCCUGUGAAAAUGUUUAAUGGCCCUUUGGGAAGAGCUUGUGAGGGUCGGUCGGUCAGUUUGAUGAAUGUUAUCAGAUCCAUCUCCAUCUCUUCAUAUUAACAACAUUCAUGUGCAGCCAGUUGUUUGUUGUUUUUCUAUGCCUGGCCGAUGUUCUAACUACUGUUGUUUCAUGUGUGUUUCUUGUAUCUCAAGGAAGUGGUGGGUGUUUGUUGACUUGGCUUUGCUUUGCUGGAUCGUUGGGAAGGAAGGCUUUCAAAGAGCUAAGCUAGCUCAUGAGAGGAGGCUAGACUCCAUAUUUUGGGGACAUUCUAAUGUUGGAAGAUGUUGCUUUCUUCUGUGGGGUUUUGUAGAGGCACAAACUAACUCUCUCUAGUCUUUAGUUUGACAAACUCAUUGUGCAAUUGUAGUUUGAUUUGGUAAAGCACAAACACUACAGUGCGGGUACGUUGGAUGUUUAUUAUGUAUGUAUGUAUGUUGGGCAACUCUUAUCAAAUUCCCAGACAUCUUCUUUAUUAUGCUAUACGAUGCUUCGAUCGUGACUCCUUGUGAAGAAGUUCCUUCUGUUUUUACAUGAUUUGUGCUGUAUGAUGCUUGGAUGAUGUAGCCCUUUGAAGUUCCUUCUGCUUUUACAUAAUAUGAUGCUUGGAUGAUGAUGCUCUUUGAAGUAGGUUCCCUCUGUUUGUACAAUAUGAUGGUGAUCGGAAGUGUGUUUUUGUGGUUGAUGGUUAUGAAUUGAUUACGCGUGGAACAAACUGUGUAAACAAAG